AUGGUAGGGGAAUCAGGUCCAGCUCAAGACACUUUGACACCUGAGGCAGACCACAAAAUGGCCAAGGAAGAAGGGGAACAAGCUGCUAAUAAAAACACACAUCAGGAACAAGGGGGGUGGGGUGGAACUCAUAAGGCUUACUGGGAAAUGAUAUACAAUGAAAUGAAAAAGAUGUUCAAAUUCAUGUUUGUAAAAAAACAACAACCAGAAGUCUCUCUCUUGGGAAUUAUAGGGACAGAACUACCUAAACUGUAUAGAAACUUAUUCAUGUGUGUGACUACAACGGCAAAAAUGUUACUUGCCCAAAAAUGGAAAGAAGAAGUAGUUUCAGCAAAGGAAGACUAGAUACAAAAACUUAUGGAAUAUGCAGAAAUGGCGAAACUUACCGCAAGAAUAAGAAAUCGAGAUAACAAACUUUUAAUAAAAGAGUGGAAAUGGUUUGUUGAAUAUUUACAAAUAAAUUGUAAACAGAUAAAAACACUGGCAGGAUUAUUGUAAUAUAAGAGUAUAUAUUUAAAGAAGAUAAAUAAGUUAAGUGAAUUUGGAUUUGCAGAAUAUAUUAAAAAUAAAUUUAAGGAACCGCAGAAAGGGAGAAGGAAGUCGGGUUUGAAAAUGUCAAAAUGAUUGUAAAAUCAGUGAAAUGUAUAUAUCUGAAAAGUAUAAAUUUAAAAUUAAAAAAAAGGGUGGUGGAACUCAAACCACCCAUAUCUUGGCCUAUACAGUAGUUGAAGUGGGGAUCAAAGGCUAUUGUGGGGUGGGGGGUUAGUGAACUGCUCUGAAUCCCACUAGGUGAGCGCAGAGCCCAGGAUACCCCAGAGGGCAUCCCUGCCAGAGGUGGGAGGAAAACAACCCCAUAGGUUGCUGUGGAGGUGGCACUGUGGGCACAGAUCCAUUCUCCAAGGAGUGCACCACAGGCGUCGCUAAAACCUCAGUAAUGGCAGCAGCAGCAGGCGGCAAUUCCUUGGAGGCCAGAUCUGCAGCCCCUGUGCAUCUUGUCGGCUGAGGUGGUCGCCUCACGCCUCACGGGUGGGCCGGCGGAAGGGAAUUGUGUGCGCAUGGGCCUCGUAACAGCUCUCAGCAUGAUUAACAAACUACAGUUCCCAAGUUUUUUGUGUGAGGGGGGAGGCAGAAGGGGUACGAUGCUACCAUUAUGCCAGUGUAGCGUAAUGGUUAAGAGUGUUGGACUAGGCCUGGGAGACCAGGGUUCGAAUCCCUGCUAGGCCAUGAAGCAUCGCUGGGGGGACUUUGGGUCAGUCACCAUCUCUUAGCCUAAUUUUCCUCACAGGGUUGUUGUGAGGAGAACCGUGUACACAACCUUGAGAUCCUCGGAAGGCAAAGGUUGGUAUAUUAAAUCAUGAGCGUAGCCAGGAUUUUUGUUGAGGGGGGCAAGCCUUUCAUUAGGGAGUGGGGGCAGAACCUCAGAUUGCUAUGUCUUUUUAUUGAAUGUUAUUGAUUAAGUGGGGGGCAGCUGCCUUUCCCUGCCCCGCCCCCAGCUACACCUAUGUAAAAUAAAUAAUAAUAAUAAUAAUAAUAAUAAUAAUAAUAAUUUAUUAUUUAUACCCUGCCCAUCUGGCUGAGUUUCCCCAGCCACUCUGGGCGGCUCCCAAUCAGGUGUUAAAAACAAUACAGCAUUAAAUAUUAAAAACUUUCCUAAACAGGGCUGCCUUCAGAUGUCUUUUAAAGAUAGGAUAGCUGCUUAUUUCCUUCACAUCUGAAGGGAGGGCGUUCCACAGGGCGGGCGCCACUACUGAGAAGGCCCUCUGCCUGGUUCCCUGUAACCUCACUUUUUGCAGUGAGGGAACCGCCAGAAGGCCCCCGGUGUUGGACCUCAGCGUCCGUGCUGAAAGAUGGGGGUGAAGAUGCUCCUUCAGAUAUACUGGACUGAGGCCGUUUAGGGCUUCAAAGGUCAGCACCAACACUUUGAAUUGUGCUUGGAAACGUACUGGGAGCCAAUGUAGGUCUUUCAAGACUGGUGUUAUGCAGUCCUGGCGGCCGCUCCCAGUCACCAGUCUAGCUGCCGCGUUCUGGAUUAACUGCAGUUUCCAGGUCACCUUCAAAGGUAGCCCCACGUAGAGCGCAUUCCAGUAGUCCAAGCGGGAGAGAACUAGAGCAUGCACCUCUCUGGCAAGACAGUCCACAGGUAGGUAGGGUCUCAGCCUGCGUACCAGAUGGAGCUGAUAAACAGCUGCCCUGGACACAGAAUUAACCUGUGCCUCCAUGGACAGCUGUGAGUCCAAAAUGACUCCCAGGCUGCACACCUGGUCUUUCAGGGGCACAGUUACCCCAUUCAGGACCAGGGAGUCCCCCACACCCACCCGCCCCCUGUCCCCCCAAAACAGUACUCCUGUCUUGCCAGGAUUCAACCUCAAUCUGUUAGCCACCAUCCAUCCUCCAACCUCCUCCAUGUAUUAAAUGAAUGAAUGAAUGUAGACGGGGCCUAAAUUUCAACUGCAAGGCCAGUCAACGGUUGCAUAAGGAGGACUGGCACUCCCUUGCCCUUCCCUCGAAUUACUGGAUUAUUUUAAUUAUUUGGAGGGGAAGGAGAACGAGACGUGCAGUCCUUGGGAUUACUGGGAAUAAGCGCCCCCGUGCAAAAAAACAAAAACCUCUUUGUAAGACAGUGUACGCGGGACGGGGCCGAGCAUUUAAUAGGUCGGCUGGGGUGGAGGAGAGUUUCACAGCCCGGGUCGGCGGGAUCACCAGGGGGCCAAAUUCCCACCCCCCGGGCCUUGCUUUAACCAGAAACCCCGGCCGGCUAGUCCUUGGGAGAAGAAAUGAUGGGGGGACGGGGGGACGGACGCGCAUUGCACCUGCAGGAUCUCUCCGCGCUGCCUUUAAGGGCGCAUCCCGAAAAAUAAAAACAGGUGGAGAGCCUCGCCCGGGGAGGCGGGUGGAUUUUGAGAGGGGUGGGGGAGGCAAUCCCGGACGCCUGGGUCCCCCAGGCAGGACCCGGGGGCUUGAUCUGCGCGCCCCGCCCUUUCCCUCCCACUCUCCCAUCCUCCUCCGUUCACGUGCGCUGUAAUUAUAGCCCGUGACUCCAGCGGCGGCGGCACCGGUUGGCAUCGUACCUACUUCUUGCCCUCUAUUAAUAGGGGCGGGAGAUCCGGUGUCCCGGCAGAGGGGCGGCGCCCGCGGAGGCAACAACACCAACACCCCCCCCCCCGCAUUGCCGAGGCGUGGGGGGAUAGAUUCUAAAGGAGGCGCUGCGUGGUGGGCUCCCCUAUCAUUCCCGGGGCUUCGCGACAGGUGAAUUGCUUCUGAGUCAAUUCCUGCGGCUGAAACCUGCCCGGUAAGCCUGACGUCUUUUUUAGGGGAUCUUGGAGGGAGGCGAGGGGUUUGGGGCUGGGGAGAUCUGAGAAAAGGGCGGAGUGCCUUCCUUCCCAGGGGAUCGUGUUUGUGUUUGUUUUGAUCUGUCCUUCCCGUGAGCACUCAGGGCUGAUUUCCUUAAGAAUGGAUAGGUUUGAUCUUCUUGCAGUCCAUGGGACUCUCAAGAGCCUCAUCCAUCACCAAAAGCAUCAAUUCUUCGGCGAUCAGACUUCUUUAUGGUCCAGCUCUCACUUCCAUAUGUCACUACUGGGAAAAUAGUGUGGCGCAAAAAUGUAUAGGACAAGUUCAGAUAUCUGCUGGAAAUGUAAAGAAAAAGAAGUUGACUUGUCGGUACCUUGUUGUUGUUGUUAUUGUUCAGUCAUUUAGUUGUGUCCGACUCUUUGUGACCCCAUGGACCAGAGCACGCCAGGCACUCCUGUCUUUCCAAUGGUCAAACUCAUACUGGUAGCUUCAAGAACACUGUCCAACCAUCUCGUCCUCUGUGGUCCCCUUCUCCUUGUGCCCUCCAUCUUCCCCAACAUCAGGGUCUUUUCCAAGGAGUCUUCUCUUCUCAUGAGGUGGCCAAAGUCUUGGAGCCUCAGCUUCACGAUUUGUCCUUCCAGUGAGCACUCAGGGCUGAUUUCCUUCAGAAUGGAGACGUUUGAUCUUCUUGCAGUCCAUGGGACUCUCAAGAGUCUCCUCCAGAACCAUAAUUCAAAAGCAUCAAUUCUUCAGCGAUCAAUAAGCUGCCGUAGUCUUCAGCUUUUUUUUUUUAAGAUUUGGGCUCUGGUUUUGGUCCUCACUUGCCAUAGGAAACCCAUCAAUACUUUCCCGACCCUCCAAGUGUCCCUCCUUUCCAGGGACAGCCCCAGAUUCGCAGAAACUGUUUCUGAUUUGAUCCGCUUUUCAUUAGGACGACGUUAUUUCCAUCGGAGAAAUGUGGGAGGGUAUUAUGGAGGUAUGCGACACCCCCAAGCCAAGGAGAUAAGCAAAUAUACAAUCCUUAGAAGACAUCUGAAGGCAGCCCUGUAUUGGAAAGUUUUUUUGUUUUUUGUAAAGUUUAAUGUUUUAUUAUGUUUUUUAUAUACAUUGGAAGCUGCUCAGAGUGACAACCCAGUCAGAUGGACAGGGACUAAUAAUAAUAAUAAUAAUGGAACAGGACAUCCCAAGUUCCAUCAGAUAAAUGUUGGAGGGCGUGGGUUUUUAAAAUUUUAUUUUUGCUAUAUGUAAUUGUCUCUUAGGGACGCGGGUGGCACUGUGGGUUAAACCACAGAGCCUAGGGCUUGCCAAUCAGAAGGUCGCGGUUCAAAUCCCCGCGACGGGGUGAGCUCCCGUUGCUCGGUCCCUGCUCCUGCCAACCUAGCAGUUCAAAAGCACGUCAAAGUGCAAGUAGAUAAAUAGGUACCACUCCGGCGGGAAGGUAAACGGCUUUUCCGUGCGCUGCUCUGGUUCACCAGAAGCGGCUUAGUCAUGCUGGCCACAUGAUCUGGAAGCUGUACGCUGGCUCCCUCGGCCAAUAAAGCGAGAUGAGCACCGCAACCCCAGAGUCGGUCAUGGCUGGACCUAAUGGUCAGGGGUCCCUUUACCUUUACCUUAAUCGUCUCCUGUUGUAUCAUUGCUAAAAAUGUAAAGGAAAACUGGUAGUGGCGCAGGAGGCUCAAGUUGCAGGCCAACCGGGUGCCUGAACAGCUCCUAUUGCAGGGGCAAAACUAGGCUUUACUUCACCUGGUUUGGCACCCCACCCCAUGUGAAUUUGCGUCCGUACACACACACACACACACAGGCUUCACAGGCGCAAAAAAUCUGACUAGCCUCCUCUAGUUACAGUGCUGUCUGUUGACUUGUGUGUUCAUUCCCAUUUUGCUUGUCCAUGUGUAACCAUAUAACAGUGAAGUGUGUGUUACUAUUCCUGUGUUGUGUGUUGAAAGCUGGAAAGGGGGUGGGUGCGGCUUGUGUAGCACACGGCGUUCUGCCGACUGUUCUUCUACUACUUAACAGCCUACAAAUCUCAGGUGGGUAACUUAUUCUCAUGACCGCAGGUCAAAACAAACAUUGUCGAACGCAGUUAUUCGGCGUUGCCCGUGCUUGGCAAAUGACCCAGUGGCGAAUAUAGGGGUCAGUGAAACAAAAGCACUUAAAGAGAGUGUGCCGUUAUUAAGAACGUUAUCCUUAUGGCAAUGGCGUAAAUUGGUUUCUACAAGAUAAGGUUGAUGUGGUUUUGCCGUGGCAAAUGCAAACAGAUAUUUCCAGAGGUAUAGCCAGACAGCAAAAAGCAAAACAAGGAGACUUGUGGCUCUUUUUAGCGAAUUGUAUCAUAGCGUAAGCUGUGUUGGACCAUUGCCUGUUAAUAAAAAAUAGUCGGUCUGAAAAACAAACAAACUGGCCCUCUUGUUCCAGAUUCGCAGUUGGUAUAGGGCAGUCUUUGCUAACAUGGUCCCCUUCAGAAGUUUCGGACUGCAACUUGUAUCCUCCCAGGCCCAGCGUGGAGCACUUUCCCUAAGAUCAGGGAUGGGGGUCCUCCAGAUACCGUAUUUUUCGCUCUAUAACACGCACCCGACCAUAACACGCAGGUAGUUUUUAGAGGAGGAAAAUCAGUAGGCAUGCCACCCGUAGGCAUUCCCUCCAUAACCCGCACAGACAUUUCCCCUUACUUUCUAGGAGGAAAAAAGUGAGUGUUAUGGUGCAGAAAAUACAGUAAUUGCUAGAUUAACUGAGCCUCCGGAUAAUUGUUAGACUCCGAUCAGCCUCAAUGGGCAGGAGCUGGUGGGAAGUGGAGUCUAGUAAUGCAGGCAGGGUUGCAUGUUGCUUAUGCCAGCCCCGCUUAAGAGGAAAGACUGAUGAUUUAAUGGUGUGGAGAAUGUAGAUAGGACAAGUUUUUUGGGAGGUCCUUUCUCAUAGUUCUGGGACUUGGGGAUGCCUAACAAAACUGAGCGGCAGUAGAGUCAGGACGGAUCAAAGAAGAGACAGACAGACAAAGUUCUUCAUAACAGCAUGUAAGUUACGGGACUCUCUGCUACAAUAUACAGUGGUACCUCGGGUUACAGAUGCUUCAGGUUACAGACUCCGCUAACCCAGAAAUAGUACCUCGGGUUAAGAACUUUGCUUCAGGAUGAGAGCAGAAAUCGUGCUCUGGCGGCGCGGCGGCAGCAGGAGACCCCAUUAGCUAAAGUGGUGCUUCAGGUUAAGAACAGUUUCAGGUUAAGAACAGACCUCCAGUACGAAGUAAGGUACACUGUAUGGUGGUGCCCCAGUUCCCUCUGGCUUAGAGGGCUUUAAAAGGUCGAGAGGCACAAUCUGAUGUAUCACAAUCUUUUGACCAAAUAGAACUGUUAGGAAGGGCUGUAGCUCACUGGUAGAGGCCCAGCUUUGAACACAAAAUGUCUCUAGUUCAAUCCAUGGUGUCUUGUAUCUUUUUAAUAAUUUAAUAAUUUUAAUAAUUUUUUAUUUUUUAAUUUUUUAAUGAUUUUUAUUUGGUUUUACAAAUAUAAAAUUAUAACAAUCCAAAUUACAUAUCCAUAUUUAGAGAUUUCUCCAAAUCUCUGAACUUCCCACCUUCCCUUCCAUGGGUCCUAUUGUGCACCCUCUCAACUGCAUAUUAUAUCAUAAUGCAUAUUUUGUAUCUCUCCAUAUUGCCCAUAAAUUUCGCUAUGUUACAAGGGUUAUUAAAAUCCUGCCAAUGUUUUCAUCUGAUUACAGUGAUCUCCUAGAUAAAUUUUUUUCAAAGGGCUCUAGGCACAUUCCAUUUUGCAUUUGAAAUUCUAUUCAUUCAUUCAACGGUGCUUUGAAUUUAAAGGCAGUUUUCUCCUACCCUAAUGCUUGGGAAUAAACAUCGUUCUACCUCGUAGAAAAUGACAAGAACAUUUUUAAAGUAACAUUUUCCCCAUUCUUUGUUGAAGUUUUGGUCUGCUUGGUUCCUGAGCUUUCCAGUCAGUUUUCCAUUUUGGCAUAGUCCACUAGCUUGGUUUUCCAUUCCUCUCUGGUAGGGACUCUGUCUUCUUUCCAUCUCUUUCCAUGGGGCUGUUGCCGCAUACAUGCAAAGUACAGUGGUACCUCAGGUUAAGAACUUAAUUCGUUCUGGAGGUCUGUUCUUAACCUGAAACUGUUCUUAACCUGAGGUACCACUUUAGCUGAUGGGGCCUCCCGCUGCUGCCACACGAUUUCUGUUCUCAUCCUGAAGCAAAGUUCUUAACCCGAGGUACUAUUUCUGGGUUAGCGGAGUCUGUAACCUGAAGUGUCUGUAACCCGAGAUACCACUGUAUUUUCUGUUCCUUUAGAAUGUCGGUACCUAGAAUUCCUAUUAAAAAAAGCUGCUGCUUCUUUUUUUACAAAAGUUAUUUUAAACAUUUUUAAAAAUUCAUUAUAUAUCAUUUCCCAGAAUGCCUUACACAUCCACCACAUAUGAGAGAAGGUGCCUUCCUUCAUGGUGUCUUGUAUGCAGGUGGGGCUGGUAAUGUCCGCUGCUUGAAAUCCAGGACAGCUGUUGCCCAUCAGUGUUGAAGAAGAGGAGGAGUUUGGAUUUGAUAUCCUGCUUUAUCACUACCCUAAGGAGUCUCAAAGCGGCUCACAUUCUCCUUUCCCUUCCUCCCCCACAACAAACACUCUGUGAGGUGAGUGGGGCUGAGAGACUUCAGAGAAGUGUGACUGGCCCAAGGUCACCCAGCAGCUGCAUGUGGAGGAGCGGGAAGCGAACCCGGUUCACCAGAUUACGAGCCCACCGCUCUUAACCACUACACCACACUGGCUCUGUUUACAUUGGUUUAGCUGCAUGGCCAGGUGGUCCACCUGCAUAAGGUAGCUUCCUCUGUUCCGUGGAUGAAGGAGAUCUCUCUCUACAUUCAGGACAAAUAAGCUCUCUCUGGCUGCUGUUGGAAACAGAACCAGGCUAGAUGGACUUUGGGGUAAUCCAGCAAUACAGCUGUUCUGGUCUCCCUGAAUUCAGGACUGUAUUUAAGUUUACACGGCUGGCCUUGCCCAGUCACAACCAGACAAGAUAUAGCUCAAAAGGUGCCAGCUAGGUGAAGGAAUGCCCAGGCUGAUUUGGCUGGCUUCCAGCUCGCUGAGAGUUCGGGUGUGUGCUGUCAGUUCUUCAGUGCCAUCAGAUCUUUCUGUGGCACACCCCCAGUCCGUACGGGGGGUGGGGGCUGGGAUCAUCCAUGCUUGGGAACAUUGUGAACUUGGAUUCAUGUGCUCUCAGCAGCAUGCGCCACCCCCGCUGUUUCUCUGUGCUGUUUUUGUCAGUUUGGGGCGUGUGUGUUAUCCAGGAGUGUAGCCAGAGCUGUUAUCUUCUCAGCCCAAGCUGCUUUCCUUGCCAGCUGAGUUCUAAGAAAUGGCACUGAUCUCAACGGUCAACAUGCAGAGUUCGUGUCGGGGGGGGGGGGGGGACGACACACAAGAGACCACCAAAAAGAGACGGAUACCACGGGUUCCACUGCGUGUUUGUUUGUGUGUAUUUCAUGCAGCUUUGGGCUGAAGCCCUUGCUAGGUAAGGAGGAGUUCCGUUCAGGUUUAUCUAGCAUGAAAAUAUCAGUGGUCUGUAGGAAGAGAAUGGCGGUCAUCCUUCAUCUCAUAGCAGGCCAGUGAAUUGUCCAGAGAACGUUUUGUUAAUGGUUGGCAAGGAACUGGAAGAAUGACACGCUUCCAGAGAUUACUGACUGGCAGAUACUCAUGUUAGAAUAUCUACGAUUAGCAAAACUGACGGGAUCAGUUAGAGCAGGGGUCAGCAACCCGCGGCUCCGGAGCCGCAUGUGGCUCUUUUACACCUUUGCCGCGGCUCCGGGGCGGAUACUAGCGAGGGGAGGAGGCGCAUUGUGUGCCCCGACACUCCCCACUGUUUUAAAUGUCACAAUGGUUUUGCGGCUCCCAGUGUUUUUUUCUUCGGUCCAAGUGGCUCUUUUUGUCUUAAAGGUUGCAGACCCCUGAGUUAGAGGAAUAUCGAAACAAAAAACAACUAGAGAAUGGAUAAUAUUCAAGAACUAUGUAAAACUUUAUUGUACAAAUAAUUCCAUAUUAGCAGAAAUUGAGUGAUAUUUGUAAAGAAAACGAUUAGAGGAAUAUAUACAAAGUAGAAAGAAAUGAUAUUACACAAUACAAAUCUGUGUUGAAAAAGAAUGUUUAUAUUACAGUGUAAUGAGAAGGAUGGGAAGGAUUGUGUCGAUGAACACUUUUAUUGUGUAAAUAAUAUUGUCUUGUUUUUUCUUUUCCUCUUUUGAUUUUUUUUUUACUUCGUGUAUUUGUUAUUUCUUUAUUUUUUCUUUCCCUCUUUUUUGUUCCUUUAAAAAUUUUCUAUUCUCUACAUAAUUUUCUUUUUUUUCAUAGGUAAAGAAAUAGCAUAUAAAGUUUGUAUAGAUAUGCAAAUUUUUAAUCAAUAAAGAAUAAUAAUAAAAAAUGGUUGGUAUAAUAUCUUGUAAGUAAGUAAAUCACGUGGAUGCUGUGAUGAAUCAAUGUAUGGAAGUGUUUAGUCUCUGCAUGUACAGUUUCUCUUCGGCAUGUGUGACUCCACUUGCUUGGGUCGUUUAGGGCUGGGAUCGCCAACGUGGUGCCCUUUGGGUGCUGCUGUAUUUUGCUGCAAGCUCCUCAGAGUGGCUAGGUACAGGAAAUAAGUUGUUGUUGUUGUUGUUGUUGUUGUUACAUUCCUCCAGCUCCCAUCAGUCCUGCAGGGUGGACCUUGGUAAUACGGCGCAAGGUCAAAAUCUGAUCCUCUCGCAUCUCAAAGCUGGCGAAAGCUGGGCAAUUGCUUAGGAGAUGCCAGAAUUUGAACCCAGGAUAUUCUGCCUGGAAAGUAGAUGCUCCACUACUGAGUGAUGGCUCCUCUCAUUGUGCAGAGGCCUAGCCUUACCCCCUCAUGAGCACACCUAUAUAAUGCAUGCAUUUGCAGGGACAUUGUUAUUUGCAAGGGGGACAGCCACAUUCACACUUGAAAAGCUAAGUGAAGUGGGCUGAUGUGCCUUCCAGGUAAGAUCCUGUGAUUGUUUAGCUGCACAAAGGUGACAAUUCCGGUAAGAAGUCUCAAAUCUACCCUAGCAGAAGCCACUCCUGCCAAGCAGCGGAGGAGAAACCACCAGCCACUUUGCAGAACAGAGAAUGCUGCGGAGUCAAAAACAGUUGACUUUGGGCCUGAGCCAGCAAAGCACUCCUUACGGUUCUUGAGCAAGAAUUGCCUACUCAGGAUCACCACAUACAGGUUAGUUACAGCUCAGGACGAGAAGAUCCUGAGUAGGCAUUAUUGCACCGUAAAUUUAAAGUGCAUCAUGGGAUUCUGGUGGAAAAAUAAAGUAGACCCAAACGAGACUAAAGUCAGUCUGCUCCUGCUGUAAAAGAUGAGCUUCUUAUUUACUCAGGGAAGCAAUUCCUUUUGUGAUGUGUUGUUGUUGUUUAGUCGUUUAGUCAUGUCCGACUCUUCGUGACCCCAUGGACCAGAGCACGCCAGGCACUCCUGUCUACCACUGCCUCCCGCAGUUUGGUCAAACUCAUGCUGAUAGCUUUGAGAACACUGUCCAGCCAUCUCGUCCUCUGUCGUCCCCUUCUCCUUGUGCCCUCCAUUUUCCCCAACAUCAGGAUCUUUUCCAGGGAGUCUUCUCUUCUCAUGAGGUGGCCAAAGUAUUGGAGCCUCAACUUCAUGAUCUGUCCUUCCAGUGAGCACUCAGGGCUGAUUUCCUUAAGAAUGGAUAGGUUUGAUCUUCUUGCAGUCCAUAGGACUCUCAAGAGUCUCCUCUAGCACCAGAAUUCAAAAGCAUCAAUUCUUCGGCGAUCAGCCUUCUUUAUGGUCCAGCUCUCACUUCCAUACAUCACUACUGGGAAAACCAUGGCUUUAACUAUACGGACUUUUGUUGGCAAGGUGAUGUCUCUGCUUUUUAAGAUGCUGUCUAGGUCUGCCAUCGCCUUUCUCCCAAGGAGAAAUGUGAUGUAGUGGGUUUGAAAAGUGCUUUCUGAAUUGUUUGGAAUUUUGUUUCUGAAUUCUUUUUAGGUUUACUAUUUCCUUGGAUUCUUGUUCUUCCUGAUAAAUGCAUCCAAUAUGGACCAUCCCCUGGCCUGGUUCUGGCGCUUCCUGUGGCUGCUGCCGCUGCUGCAUUUGCCUCCGCGAGGAGCCCACGCCUUCUUCCCCAACUUCUGGUCUCGCACCAUGGCUUUCACCUGGGACUCCGUCACCCACCAGGACAUGACCGAGGAGGCCAUCCUCAACGUCACCUUGCGCAUCUUUGUGGAGAUGCAGCAUCCCAACAAGGGGAAACGUAUCCGGGAGGAGGACUUCAAGGUGAGAGGAACGGCGGGUCUGGACACCAGCAGGGCUGCUCUAGUCACAAACAGAGGUCUUUCCAUAUGAACCUUCCCGGACCCUGAGAUCAUCUUCUGAGGCCCACCUUCAUGUGCCUCCUCCUCGAGAGGUCCGGAGGUUGGCAACACGAGAGCAGGGCCUUCUCUGCAGUGGCUCCCUGUCUGUGGAAUGCUCUCCCCAGGGAAGUUUGCCUGGCGCCUUCAUUACACACCCUUAGGUGCCAGGCAAAAACUGUUCCUUUUAAACCAGGCCUUUGGUUGAUCUGAUUUACAUCCUAUGCCCUUUUAAAAUGUGUUUUUUUGUGGGGGGAUUAUUGAUUUUUAUUAUUAUUAAUAUUAUUAUCAUUAUUACUGUUGUUGUUAUUAUUAUUAAUUUUGUGUUUUUAUAUUUUGAUUUUUUUCUGCGAACCGCCCUUAGACCCAGGGUUUAUGGCGGUAUAUAAAUUUAAUAAAAAAAUGAAAUGAAAUGAAAUAAAAUAAUGCUAGCCUAGGGGUGGGUGGGCUGAAAUCGUAAGUAAGCAGGAGGAGCAGCAGCUGGUGUUCCAAUAUCCAAGGUGCAGGUGGAACAUAUAAUAACAAUCACAAUAACAAUAACAAUAAUUUUAUUUAUACCCCACCCAUCUGGCUGGGUUUCUCCAGCCACUCUGGGCAGCUCCCAACAGAAUGUAAAAAACACAAUACAGCAUUACACAUUAAAAACUUCCCUAAACAGGGCUGCCUUCAGAUGUCUUUUAAAAGUCAGAGAGUUGCUUAUUUCCUUGACAUCUGAUGGGAGGGCGUUCCACAGGGCGGGUGCCGAGAAGGCCCUCUGCCUGGUUCCCUGUAACUUCGCUUCUCUCAGGGAGGGAACCGCCAGAAGGCCCUCGGCGCUGGACCUCAUGUAAUUCCUCCGCCACUAAAACAGGCACACACAAUUUAUGGGUGCAGGGAGUUGUGCUGAAUGAGGCCUUUGGCCCAUCUACCUCGAUUGGAACUGACUCUUCAGGGUUUCCUAUGCAGUGGUACCUCGGGUUACAGACGCUUCUGGUUACAGACUCCGCUAACCCAGAAAUAGUACCUCAGGUUAAGAACUUUGCUUCAGGAUGAGAACAGAAAUCGCUCGGCAGUGGUACCUCAGGUUAAGAACAGUUUCAGGUUAAGAAUGGAAUGGCACCUAGGAAGAAUCCAGUUAUACCUCAUUCGCACCCGUGCUGCCUGUACCCACUGCCCUGGUUCCCACUGUUACAGAUGAAAGGCUCUCCUGAUCUGAUUUCCCUCCCCGUCUCUCACCUAGGGCAGGACCCUCCUGGCUGAUGACAUCUUUGCCGCUUUCUUUGGUCCUGAGGUGUCAGCUAAGCGCUUCCGCGGGGCUAUUGCCCAGGUGGCCAACGCCAAUGCCGCCAUGGACUUCACAAACACUACGCGGGACGACCCUGUGCUCCACUUCGAUUCUGAGCUCAUCCACUCCACGAACAGCUGGCUGUUGCAAACCCGCAAAGAGAUCCUCCAAGCUGUGCAUUCGGAGCAGUACGUCAUUGCCCGGGGCAAGCUGGGGCAGCUGCUCCAUACCUUACAGGUGCUUACCAAAAUGUAGGAGAUGCUGGAAGGAGGGGAAGGUGGCAUUUGGCUUUGAGGUAGAGAACUUAACAUGUUUGGCCCUAGCCCUGAUUUGAUCCAGCCACCUUUGUCAAAAGCAGGGUUGAAAUCCACUCUAGGGGGUCUCUGUUCAUUGCAGAAUUUGCACCGUAGUAGAUCUGCAGCUCGCGGGUGGUGCUGUGGGUUAAACUACAGAGCCUAGGACUUGCUGAUCAGAAGGUCGGCGGUUCGAAUCCCCGCGAGCUUCUGUUGCUCGGUCCCUGCUCCUGCCAACAUAGCAGUUCGAAAGAACCUCAUAGUGCAAGUAGAUAAAUAGGUAUCGCUCCAGCGGGAAGGUAAACGGCAUUUCCGUGCACUGCUCUGGUUCUCCAGAAGCGGUUAGUCAUGCUGGGCACAUGACCCGGAAGCUGUACGCCGGCGCCCUCGGCCAGUAAAGCAAGAUGAGCACCGCAACGCCAGAGUCGGUCACGACUGGACCUAAUGGUCAGAGGUCCCUUUACCUUUACUUUAGAUCUGCAGCACGGAGUUCCCAUAAUUCAUCACCUGCGCCGAAGUUAAAAUUCCUCCCAGGUUUUAGCCAUAAUCUUUAUUUUGUAAAUGAAAGGCACCAGAACUAUCAGGCCACAGCUGCCGCACUCCUUGACAGCAGCCUCGGCAGAUAUAUGGAAUAUGUGAAAAUGGUAUGAUUUCUGUAGAGUUAUAUUACGAUUUUCUACAUACCCGUUUCCCUUUAACCCAUUUCCUGCGUUUGCAUUCCUUCUGCAAAGUACAAGAAGCACUUGUUAUUUAUAUUAUUUAUAUCUACUGCCUUAUGAAAAUGUGAUUCACCAUUUCUCCCCUAUCGUGUUUUAUUGUAUUCUAAGCCAUGGGCAAAAUUAAGACAGUAUUUUUAAAAAAACCAAAAAAGGGCAAAAAUAUUCCAUGAUGUUGUCCCAGCCAAUGUUAACCUUUUGGGUUAAAAAAUGUCCUAUGCGAUUUUUCAAGCCAAACAGCAACUGAGAGAAGCAGAUAAGAUUUGUUCCUACACGCAACACGCGCAGCUUUGUUUUGCAUUGUUUUUAUAUUUUAUUGUAUUAUGUUAUGUGACUAAAGAUGCUGUGAGUGGUUUUUUAAAAUCCUUUGUCCCCCAUACUGUGGUCCUGAUUAGAUUAGGCUCCCUGCACCUGCUAUUUACAUGAGGGAACUCUCCCAAUAAUAUAUUCUGGGUCUCAAGAUGAGCUGUGGGCCAGCUGUAGCCCUUUAGCAAUGAGGGGAAGGAACUCUGUCCAAGCUCAGAGGAACUAGUGUUUUUAGUCACAUAAUCAAGACGGUGGGGUAGAAUCCUCUACUUAAGUCCUCUUCUUUCCACCAUUUCUACGGCAUUUGCUCAUAUCACUCUUACUUUUAUUAUUGCUUGCUUUCCCAGCUUAUUUUUCCCACUGUCUAAACUUUUAUUUUCUUCUCUACCCAUCCGAAUCUGUUGUGCCUUAGCAGAUCCUGCAAACCUGUUUACAAUCCUUUUGCAAGUACACAAUAAACUUUUCCCAUUCUUUUAAAAAAUUUCUUGUCAUCUUGAUUUCUGAGUUUCCCAGUUAAUGUCACCAUUUCAGCAUAGUCCAUUAACUUGGUUUGCCAGUCGUCUUUGGUUGGGACCGCUUCCUCUUUCCAUCUUUGGGCUAACAGUACAGGUGGCUGUCGUAGCGUAAACAGUCUCCACUAAUAAGCUUCCGUUCCGUUUAGGAUUUCUACAGUCACAGCAACUGGAUUGAACUUGGCCAUCGGAAGAUACACCCGCACCUCCUACAACCAGGCCAUGAAAUCAAGUCCAUCGCAGAAGGUGUGGUUUUAGAACAUGAUGAUGAUGAUGAUGAUGAUGUUCCACCACAACUUGGGGAGUAUUUGUUCUCUUGGUUCCUGGGCUGGGUGAGGUUGGAGGCUUGGUGCCAAAACUCCUCAGGGAAGAGAAACUGAGGCCUGUGCUAUGUUGUGUCUUUUGUUUCAUCUGUAGGGUGAACCCAGGACUCCUGGGUCCCUGGCUUGCUUGCUAUCUUAGGCAGUGGAUAGACGAGGUGAUUUUAGACCCUGAACUAAAAUUACACAUACGUGUGUGUAUUGUGCGCACUAACACUCACACACAGACACAGUCUUUAGACAGCCAUGUGUAUUACCAACUUACACAGCAGUUACAUUUCAGGGGUAGCACAUAAAGCCAAAAUGACACAUAAUAAAAAGACAUUUUCCCUGUACCUCCAAACACUCUCCCAGUGUGAGUGCAACGGCGGGUGGGAUUGCUGACAUCCCCCUGUCCCAGAUGCCCACCUCCUAUUUUUCUUUUUUACAUUUUUUCCCAAUGAAACACAUAAAGCUGAAUUCACAAGUUGCAAUACGUAACUUGCAAGUCGACUGUACGUGCUUGUAAAGCACAUCGUUUCUCUUCUUCCCGCUGCCUGCCUGUGCUUUGCAAUUGCUUCUACAUUCUUGACUAGCUGAAGCAAAAAAACAAAACAAAAAGUUUGCCAAUCCUUCUGAGAAAAAGACAUACUCUGAGCAUAUGCAGCUUCGUCUUUUUUAACUCACUUAAAUCACAAAGGUAAAAAGGUAAAGUUAAAGGACUCCUGGAUGGUUAAGUCCAGUCAAAGGCGACUAUUGGGUUGCGGCGCUCAUCUUGCUAUCAGGCUGCAGGAGCCAGUGUUUGUCCACAGACAGUUUUCUGGGUCAUGUGGCCAGCAGGACUAAACUGCUUCAGGCGCAACGGGACACCGUGAUGGAAACCAGAGUGCAUGGAAACGCCAUUUACCUUCCCGCUGCAAUGGUACCUAUUUAUCUACUUGCGCGGGCGUGCUUUCGAACUGCUAGGUUGGCAGGAGCUGGGACAGAGCAACGGGAGCUCACCACGUCACGGGGAUUUGAACCGUCAACCUUCUGAUCGGCAAGCCCAAGAGGCUGAGUGGUUUAGACCACAGUGCUAUCCAUGUUCCACACUUAAAUCAUUCCACCAUCAGAACUGCAGGAUUAAAUGAAAUUGACUUCUGAUGCUAGACACAUUUAUUUAGGAAUAAGCACAAUUUUCUUGUAGGAAAUACCUUUUACAAGAUGAUGUCUGGAGCUAUACAGAUGCCCAGCUGGCCACCUCCGAAGAACGGAUGCUGUGGUGUAGAGAACCAGCCUUGGAGAACCCAGGAAUAUCCAUGCCACCUGAGGUGUCCAGGCCUCGGGGCCUUUUAGCUGCUGCCCCCAUCACCUGCUGCUUUCUGGCUGGUCCUGUAAGCGCUCAGGAAUUCACUCUCAAGCUCCAGCCCAGGAAUAGGCAAACUCAGCCCUCCAGAUGUUUUGGGACUACAACCCCCAUCAUCCCUAGCUAACAGGACGCAGUGGUCAGGUAUGAUGGGAAUUGUAGUCUCAAAACAUCUGGAGGGCUGAGUUUGCCUAAGCCUUCUCCAGCCCUCGCAGCUUAUCGAGGCACAUUGUUUUGUUCUUAAAACUGAUUGGUUUUUAUCUACAUUUUAAUAAUUUAGUGCCUGCUGUUUUUGCUUGACAACCUUUUGCGUAAACUGUUCGGAGCUUUGCUUUGCGUAAAAUAAAAUAAUAAAUAAAAUAAGUAGAAUAAAAUAAGUAGGCUUUCUCUCCUUCUCCCCUCCAGCCGGCGUACGAACCUGCACGGACUGCUCUGACUGGACGUGUCGGGGAAACCUCUUGGAAGGUCUCCUUGAGAAGGGGCUCCUGACCACUGGUUUCUAUGGCGCCCAACCUGAAAAGCCAAUCGGUAUGCUUUUGUUGCCAGAAUACAGCGGGAGGCUCUGUUUGAGGCCUGGGGUUUUGUGUCUGUGUGUUUAGUACUAAAGACUCAAAGGGCUUUGUUCUUCUUCAUUUGUAUUCCUCUUGCAUCUUCCAGCAGUUCACACUGAAACCCUUUGGAAUUUAAUGGAAAUUCGUUUUAGAGAAGCGCUUUUUCUCUCAGGAUUCUUCUCACGGGAUUGGUUUCUCUUUCCUGCCCCACUCUGACAGCUUCUUCUUGUUUUAAUGCAUCAGACUGCCAACUUUUGCAUUUAAACAUUCUGACAAGUUCAGCUCGGUGUCUGGAGAGUGUGCAAAGGUGUGUUGCCUUCAUGGUGGGAACUAGCAACUUUUUGUUUUCCUUUUCCUCUUUGUUGCUUUUGGGCCUGUGGAAAACGUCUUUUCCCACCCCACCCCACCCCCUGCCCUCAAGACAAGGACCAGCUUUUCAAAGGAACCUUUGCAAAGAGCGACAGGAUUCUUCUGUGCCCCUGAAGGGUAUCACUGUCUGACUAAUAAGAAUAAGAAUACCGUAUUUUUCGCACCAUAGGGCGCACCGGACCAUAGGGCGCACCUAGUUUUUAGAUGGGGAAAUCAAUAAAAAAAUCUCCCCCCCCCAGCCCCAAAGAGCAGCGUACAGGCUGCUCAUAACCUCUCCCUGCCGGAGGGGUUGCGCGCGGCUAUGGCACAAGCCAAGGCAGCCAGCGGGAUGAAUCGCGCUGGCUGUUUUGGCUUCCCCUUUAGCCCCACACAACCUCUCCCUGCCGGGAGAGGCUGCGCAGGGCUAAAGAAGCCAUAGCCCCGUGCAGCCUCUCCCUGCCGGAGGGGUUGCGCGCGGCUAUGGCACAAGCCUGCAUUCGCUCCAUAGGACGCACACACAUUUCCCCUCAAUUUUUGGAGGGGAAAAACUGCGUCCAAUAGAGCGAAAAAUACGGUACAUUAUAGGGAAAUGGCAGCUCAAAACACUGAACACUUUACACCCCUGGGGAACACACGGUGAAGCUGAAUGUUGGAAUAUUCGGGGCAGAUAAAAGGCAGGGCUUCCUUCACACAGCGCGAAGUUAAAUUAUGGGAUUCUCUCUUGUAGGUGUCAGUGAUGCCUAUCAAUGGCUGCCAACCAUAAUGGCAUGUUCUCUCUUCGUGGUUGGAGGCAGUAAGCCUCUAGAUACCAGGUGCUGCAAAUAGCAGGCAGGGAGAGAAGCUAUUGUCCUCAUGAGCUGCUUACAGGCUUCCCAUGGACAGGUGGUUGGUCAUUGUUGUUGUUUUCCCCCUCUCCCCCCCCCGCAUUUAUAUUUUAUUGAAAACCUUACAAUAGAUUAAAAUGAAUAAGAAAAAGAGAAGGAGGAGGAUAACCAUAACAAAAUACCGUUAGAAUGUAAUUAGGGUUCCAAAACUAUGUCAUGUAUAUGAACAUAGACACUGAGGUCCAGCGUCGAGAGCCUUCUGGCGAUUCCUUCCCUGCAAGAAGUGAGGUUAUGGGGAACCAGCCAGAGGGCCUUCUCGGUAGUGGUGCCCACCCUGUGGAACGCCCUCCCAGCAGAUGUCAAGGAAAUAAACAACUAUUUUACUUUUAAAAGACAUCUGAAGGCAGCCCUGUUUAGGGAAGUUUUUAAUGUUUGAUGUUUUAUAAUAUUCUGUUGGGAGCCGCCCAGAGUGGCUGGGGAAACCCAACCAGAUGGGCAGGGUAGAAAUAAUAAUUAUACAUCAGUUCAGCAGUCGAACUAUGGUUUUGAUAAAUGCUUCCCAAAUACCAUUAAAUCUGUCAAUACGUGAUCUUCAUUGAAAAGCAGUCUGUUCAAGAGUUGUCGUCUCUCUAUGGAUCAAAGGAAGCUAUAUUUUUUAGUCCUUCCAGUAUAUCAAUAUUAAUCUUUUUUGCAGGUGUAAAGUGCCUGAGAUCAGGUUGGUCACUGUGAGAGCAGGAUGCUGGGCUUAGGCUGGCCACUAGCAGGGUUCAUCUUAGGUUCAUACGUUCCCCUUUUUUACUGCCACAGUUAUCUAAAAAGAUGGAAUUCUGUCUGGGCCUGUGAAAGUUCCUUGUUGGUUGAUUGGCAAUUCUGUUUUUUAUUAUACUAUGUGAUCCAGUGGCAAAUGGGGCUUUUGGGUGUGCCGUGCAGUAGAUGACGGUCCUUUUAAGCAAUUCUCUCUUGCUCCACAAAUUUCAGUUGGGUUGGCAGUCUUAUUUUCUAUCUCUCAGCCCUGUUUAGGUAAAGGUAAAGGGACCUCUGACCAUUAGGUCCAGUCGUGGCUGACUCUGGGGUUGCGGCGCUCAUCUCGCGUUAUUGGCUGAGGGAGCCAGCGUACAGCUUCCGGGUCAUGUGGCCAGCAUGACUAAGCCGCUUCUGGCGAACCAGAGCAGUGCACGGAAACGCCGUUUACCUUCCUACCGGAGUGGUACCUAUUGAUCUACUUGCACUUUGAUGUGCUUUUGAACUGCUAGGUUGGCAGGAGCAGGGACCGAGCAACGGGAGCUCACCCUGUUACAGGGAUUCAAUCUGCCGACCUUCUGAUUGGCAAGCCCUAGGCUCUGUGGUUUAAUCCACAGCGCCACCCGCGUCCCCUCAGCCCUGUUUAGGGAAGUUUUUAAUGUGUGACAUUUUAAUGUAUUUUUAAUCUUUGUUGGAAGCCGCCCAGAGUGGCUGAGGAAACCCAGCCAGAUGGGCAGGGUACAAAUAAUAAAUUAUCAUCAUCAUCAUCUUCUUCUGUUUGCUUAUUUCCCCGUCUUCCAGGAAAGUGCAGCCAUGGCGGGAGAUUUGACGACAGCCGCCACAGGGAGCCUCGGGGUGGUAUCAAUAAGGACAGCUCCUCGUUCUUGUUCUCCCCUCAUAAUUACCUGCACAGGGAAGCCGCUGCCGUGGCCCAGGAGGCCUCAAUACACUUCCUGGAGAAGCUCUGGCGGGAAAUAAAGAGCAAGCCGUUUAUGAGGUAAUGUUGCCCGUUCCGUAAGCCUAUGUAUACAUAAUGCUUCUUGCUCUGCUCACGUCUGCCUGUCUGCGAUUGAUGGAUUUCUUUGCCGCUUCCCAUUCAAAUGAAUCCCAAACAAUAGAAGACGACAACUUGUAGAACGUCGUGCUUAAAGCACGAGUUAUAAACACAACGAACAAACCAUCAAUAAAACCGGGAUCCUUUGGGAGAAAGAGUGAGGGAUAAAUAUAAUAUUUAUGAUCUUUAAAACUAUGUGAGGGAAUACAGCCAUUGAAAAUAAGUUGAACAUUACUGUGUUCCUGCCCCCCUCUCUUUCUCUUCAGUCCAUUAAAAUGUUCCCAACCCUUCGUCAACUCCAAGUGAAUAAUUAACAUUGACGGCUGUACGUCAUGCAUUUGCAUUUGAGGUAGUAGGGUUCUCUGUCUUUGGUGCCAAGGAGUAGAAAUGCAGAACUGUGCAGCCAAAGAUGUCUGAUCAAACUGAUGUUGAUGUUUCUCCUGACACCUCUUUCUUCUUGGGACUCUCUUUUUGGCACUAUUGAAUCCCCGGUCUACAGGCUCACAACCUUUUUUGCCCGAGGCGGGGCUUGAACCCAUAACCUUGAGAUUAAGAGUCUCCCGCUUUACCGACUGAGCUAUUCCAAACAAAACAAAUUUUGCUGGCAGCAGUGGGAUUCGAACCCGUGCCCCCCGAAGAGACACGAGCCUUCAUCCAGCACCUUAGUGGCUCUGGCUCCAGGGGGAGGGGGAAAACAGAGUUAUCACUGAUCCAACUGAGCCCACGGGUGCCACACUGACAGUUCUAGGGACAAUGACUAAGCCACAGCUCUUGCCGUUUUGUUUCUAGGCUACUGGAUAUCAGUCCAGCUACGGGCUUGAGCUUUGUUGUGGACACCACUGGAAGCAUGGGCGAGGAGAUCAGUGCAGCCAAGCGCCAAGCAUGGGAGAUCAUCAGGGCGCGCCGAGGCACCCCCCAGGAGCCAGAUUUCUAUCUCUUAGUCCCUUUCAACGACCCUGGUGAGAUGGCUGAUGAGGGCCCAUUUUCAGUGGGGAGGGAAGUGUUUAAAAAAGUAAAUAUUACAUACAGUGGUACCUCAGGUUAAGUACUUAAUUCGUUCUGGAGGUCCGUUCUUAACCUGAAACUUUUCUUAACCGGAGGUACCACUUUAGCUAAUGGGGCCUCCUGCUGUCGCUGUGCGAUUUCUGUUCUCAUCCUGAAGCAAAGUUCUUAACCCGAGGUACUAUUUCUGGGUUAGCGGAGUCUGUAACCUGAAGCGUCUGUGACCCGAGGUACCACUGUAGUCGUUAAAUGUGAGGAAAGGCUGUAUCUGGCUCAGUGGUAAAGCAGCAUCUGUUUGCACGAAGAAGGUCAAAGAAUCGGAACCACAGAGUUGAAAAGGGACCACAGGGGUCAUCUAGUCCAACCCCCUGCAAUGUGGGAACCUUUUGCCCGACGUGAGACUCAAACCCACGGCCCUGAGGUUAAGAGUUCUCAUGAUCUACCAACUGAGGUAUCCUCUCAGGGAAAGAAGUGUUUCCUGUCCCAAGAGUCAGUCCCCAGGACCUGUAGGUAGGGCUGGUAGAAACCUCUCCUCUGAAACCCUGGAGAGCCACUGCUCAAUGUAGAUGGAAGUGACCUUGUUGGACCCAGUGAUCUGACACAGUAUUGAUUGAUUUAUUAAAUUUAUAGCUUACCCUUCCAGAGGGGCCAAGAGGGGCCAAUAAGAAGAGAUAAAGGAAUAAGAACAUCUUUUUUAAAAAAAGAGAUCUCAACUUUGAAGGGUUUAUGGUACCUGCCUAAUCCUUGAGGAGAAGACCUCCUUCCAAAAUUGUACGGAACAGAGCUCCUGAUAAGAUGGUGUCUGCAAGAGACCCUCUCCUGCAGGACUUUGUGGUUGUUUGGCUAUACAGUGGUACCUCGGGUUACAUACACUUCCGGUUACAUACGCUUCAGGUUACAGACUCCGCUAACCCAGAAAUAGUACCUCGGGUUAAGAACUUUGCUUCAGGAUGAGAACAGAAAUCGUGCUCCGGCGGCGUGGCAGUAGUGGGAGGCCCCAUUAGCUAAAGUGGUGCUUCAGGUUAAGAACAGUUUCAGGUUAAGAACGGACCUCCGGAAUGAAUUAAAUACUUAACCCGAGGUACCACUGUACAGUGGUACCUCUAGUACCUCUAGUUACGAACUUAAUUCGUUCCAGAGGUCCAUUCUUAACCUGAAACUGUUCUUAACUAGAGGCGUGCUUUCACUAAUGGGGCCUCUUGCUGCCGCUGCACCGCCGGCACACAAUUUUGAUUCUCAUCCUGAGGCAAAAUUCUCAACUCGAGGUAACUCUUCCAGGUUAGUGGAUUUUGUAACCACUGGCAGAGGAAGAGGGGGGCGGUUGGAGCGCCCCACCCCCGGCAGCACGAUCCCGGUGGCGUUCCAUCCCCACCCCCACAGGAGGCGCUCCCCACCCCUGGGACGUGUGCCAGUCCUGCCCUGCUUGCUCUCUGCCCCCGGUGCCGGAGCAUGAAGCUCCACCACUGUUUUUAACCUGAAGCGUUUGUAACUUGAGGUACCACUGUAUAAGGCAGCCUUUCUCAACCUGUGGGUCCCCAGAUGUUGUUGGACUACAACUCCCAUCACCCCUAGCUAGCAAGGCCAGAGUUCAGGGAUGAUGGGAGCUGUAGUCCAACACCAUCUGGGGACCCACAGGUUGAGAACCACUGGUAUAGGGGGUGAGGCUAUCAUUCAUGCAUCCCUGGUACAGGGCCUUUAUAUCCCAGAACCAACACCUUGAACUUGGCCUGGUAGCUGAUUGGCAGCCAGUUCAAUUCUUCCCACAGUGGAGUAACGCGUUGGCCAUGUCCUGCCCCAGUGAGCCGUUGAGCUUGCGUUGAGCCAGCCACAGCUUCCGGACCAACCUCAACGGCAGCCCCAUGUUGACUGCAUUGCAGUAAUCAAGGCUGGAGCAUACCAGCUUGUGGACAACAGUGGUCCAGCUAUCCCGGUCUAGAAAUGGCCACACCUGCCUUACCAGCUGAAGCUGGCAGAAGGCAUUCCUAGCCACUGAGGUGUUGCCUGGGUCUCUGGUGACAAAGAGGGAUUUGGAAAGCACCCAGCAGACUGCGUACCUGCCUUUUCAGCGAAUGACGCUUGAAGGCAAUUAAAAGCAGUAUAAUGCAAAGUAAAGUACAAAGUCAACAUAAGAAUAAGGCACAUGAAACAUCAAUAAAGCAGUCAGCUGAGCCAUACCUUGUCAGUUUAUUGGAGAAAGGUCUGCUUGCAUAAGAAUGCUUUUGUUGCUGGAGGGAGGGAGGUUCCUGGAAACUGGGCAAGACUCGCUUCUCUUGAUAAAGGACCUCUAGAGACUGGGAUGAGGUGACCAGAAAGCCCCCUAUUUGUCUCCUGCCAAACCCCCUUCAGAUGCUGGCAGCUAGAAAGAAGGUCCUCUCUCAAAGAUCUUCAAGACCUGGGCAGGCACUUUUGGGGAACACGGUCUUUCUAUGUAGCUUCCUGACUUGUAUGAGUUUUAGCUGGGAGAAACCUCUGACUCUUCCAGAUGUUGCAGAACUACAGCUCCCAUCAGCCCCAGCAAGCACAGCCAUUGGCAAGGGAUUAUGGGAGCUGUAGUUCAGCAACAUCUGGAAGGGCACUAGGCUAAGAGGCAACAGUUAAGCGGGUUCAGAUUGAGGAAUUUUCUGUUCCGUGGUGCUUAAAUGUGAGUUGGCAGGUGGGAACGCUGCAUAGAAAAUGCCAUCCAAGAUCUGUUUAUAGGCCCAGGUAAAUGUCAGGCCAGGAAGGAUUAAGUCCUCAGGAGUACAAGGCUUAAACUGUCAAAAGAAGUCGUCAUGAGGAAAAGCACAGCUAAGAACAGAACAGCCAGUUUAUUCGGUGACAGUGAAGCCAAGAGCCAGAUAAGGAAACUAUUGCAGUGCCAUUAUAAUGGAGGCCUUGUAUUUGCCUUCUGUUGGCAUUUGAUUAGAUGCUAGGAGAGGAUAUAUUUAUUAGAUACUAGCCUUCCUUCCUCACAUUACUGAGUUCCUCAGUGUGCCAUCCCUUUGCAGCUUAAAGGGAAGCUAGUUUAUCCUUUUAGUGUUGGCAAUCCAGAACACUUUAAGGCAGACUGGAUUUUCCUGGAUUUCCCCCUUUUCUCCCCCUUAAAAUAACAAUCUCACACAAACAGUCUUAUAAGAGGCAAAAAUAGUAUCUGCUCACUCAGAAUAAGUCUUAAAGAACGACAGGUACAGUAGCUUGAUGUGGGCACACUUAAAACGGUAAUUAAGUUACAAAGGCAUACUAGGUCCAGCUUAAAAAUGGAGUCUGAGCUUAAGUCGGUCAAGACUGGACCUAACGGUCAGGGGUACCUUUACCUUUAAUAUAUAAUAUAAUAAUAUAAUAUAAUAUAAUAUUUAUAGCUGUUUAAUUCUUACAGUUGUUAGUUGAUGCUGGCUCAUAUAUGCAUGUCCAUCCCUUGGUGACUACAGGUUGAUGUGUAGAUUUACACUUAUGAAUCUGCCAUUGCAGGUCAAAAAAGAAAUAACUUUAAUCAUAGUGCCUCUGAUGCCAUGCUGUUCCAUUGAGACAGUUCAUUUAUUCAUUUGACAUGUGUCUGCAUGAAUCGGCAUUCAUGCUCUCUCUUUCUCUUUCUCUUUCUCUUUCUCUUUCUCUUUCUCUCUCUCUCUCUCUCUCUCAUCCCUCCAGAGUUUGGCCCUGUCCAUAAGACCAGCGACCCGGAUGAGUUCUGGAAAAUCCUCAACACCAUUAGCCCUCUGAAAGGCGGAGACGAGCCAGAAAUGUGCCUUUCUGCGCUUCAGGUUAGUAUCCAUGCGAUAUCUUUAAGGUCUGUGUCAUUUUCUAGAUCUCUGUACUGUAAGAUAAAUGCUGCCGGGAUAAAUGUUUAUUCUGCAAUCCUCUUCGUGAACUUGCAACCUCAAAGGAAUUGUACCACCUUGAUACUCUAAGGAGAAUUCUACGUCUCUGCUUGUUUCUGGAAACAGCGAGGGGCAAGAACGCUCUUGGGCUCGAAUCCUGAGGGCAUCUGGUUGGCCACUAUGAGAACAGGAUGCUGGACUCGACGGGCCCUUGGCCUGAUCCAGCAUGCUCUUCUGAUGUUCUUAUGUCUCUAUAUCAAAGCCUUACUGCAUGUGCAGAGCUAACGUGCCUGGCAGUGGCGAAUGGUCAGAGAAGUGAUUCUUAGGACCAGAGCCAAGCCACACCAUGAGAGAGAAUGAGGAGGAUUUAGGGGGUCAUAUAAAGAGGAGGACAUUGUCAGGUGUGCGUGCAGGAGCCAGGCCCUGUGACCCAUAGGACUCUGCAGGACUGGGGCCGUCCUAAGUUUGUUCUGAAGAGGCAAGGCACGGCCGCACAGGUGAGGCCGAUUGGUAACUCACAGCAUCUGGACGCAAGAGCCGGGAAAGGAUAUAAGGUCAGCAUUUUCCCUUUGGCUCUUUGCUACAGCAACACGUUCCCUGCCUUGCUGCGUUUGACUCCUUGACUCCUUGCUUCUUGCUCUUUGAUCCUCGGACCCCUGACUUCGUGACUCCUUGCUUCCUGCUCCUCAGGCUCUUGGCUUUCUGACUCCUGGCUUCUGGACUCCCGUUCCUGCUCCCACCCCACCAUCUUGCCCCCCGUCCCGACGUCCCCAGCCGGGACUUUGAUCGCCCGUGAACCGGACCAUGACAGACAUGCCCAUUUUUUUUUUAGUUUUAAUCUGGCGAAGUCAACCUUCUCUGGCUGAUCUGCUUCAUGUGAAUGUCAUAACUGUAAGGAGAUAGAAGUUUAGGGCAUUUUCCUAAAGAAGAGGAUUUAAAGGGGCACUUGCACAUAAUUAAUUUGUAAUAUGUAAGUGCUUGUCUUUGUCAGGGGCUGGUCUGGAUCGGAAGAUGCAAUCGCAGCUCCUAAAAGAAGAGGAGGGGGAAUAUUCCCCCCCCCCCCCGGAGUCCAGCAUUUCCAGAAGCAGAGAAAUGGGCAGACACAGAAGCUGCACAGUUGAGAGAGGAGCUUCCCAGCUGUGAGAUAGUAGCUAAGCAACCAGAAGGGAGGGAGCAGCUGGGCAAUACAUCAGUUGAGAGUGAAGGGGACCCUUCCCUCCCUCCGAACUCGGAGGUCCAAGCGUGUCACAGAACAAAGGAGACAUGGGGGGGGGGGACUGCUGAAAAUUCUGUUCCACCUUAAGGAACAGACAUGUGGAAUUGUUGCAUGUCACAUGUCUGUUUACAUUCCGGCACAGUAUGCUGGGAACUUCCGUUUGUGUAUAGCUUUUGUUUUUCCCGUUCUCUCUGAGACGACAUGAGAGAGAGACGACAUGCUUCUUUGUCCUGAUUUAUGAUUAAUAAAUCUGUAGUUAUAGUAUGACUUCACAAGCCUCACGCCUAUUCUGUAGUACACUCUGCUGAUAGCGUGCCCUGGCUUUUGAAGUCUGGGUUGCUGAUUUACGUCAAAGCACGGGCCGACGGAUGGAGACGGCACAGCUGGGGCUUGCCAGCUGGCCUCCCAGCCCUCUGCAUGUCGACAGGAACUUCCCAUUGGCACGCUUCUUGCUGCGGAAGUGGGGAGGAAUCUGAGUAGGCAACUGAUAUCCUUGCGGAGGGUUGCCUGUUUGUGCUUGCAACAUAAUGCUGUAAUAAAAGGACUAUCCAUCUACCAAAUGCUCGUUAAUUCUUAUUGGUGAGCUACCAGAAGAGUGAGGAGAACUCCUGUACUUGAUAGUCUUGAACCUACAAAACGGAGAGCCUGUUUGGAGCCAAAGCAACCAGCCAUAAGCUCUUCCAGGGUUUUUCUUUGGCUGUUAUUUAUCGCCAAGGAGGUGAAUGCUGUCCUUGGUUCAACAGAUAGGAAUCUCACCUGUCCUUGUCCGCUUCUCCAGCUUGCCCUCCAGAACUCGCCGCCGUACUCCGAGAUCUUCGUCUUUACUGAUGCAUCCGCUAAAGAUGCACACCUGAAGAACAGCGUGGAAGCCCUCAUCCAGGAACAGAAAUGCAAGGUGGGCUGGGCUGUUUGCUUUUCAUGAUGCUCGAUUUUGAAAAACACUGAUAAGGGAUCUGAAUUUUUGUUAAAGGUAAAGGGACCCCUGACCAUUAGGUCCAGUUGUGACCGACUCUGGGGUUGCGGUGCUCAUCUCGCUUUAUUGGCCGAGGGAGCCAGCGUACAGCUUCCAGGUCAUGGGGCCAGCAUGACUAAGCCGCUUCUGGCGAACCAGAGCAGCGCACGAAAACGCCGUUUACCUUCCCACCGGAGUGGUACCUAUUGAUCUACUUGCACUUUGACGUGCUUUCAAACUGCUAGGUUGGCAGGAGCAGGGACUGAGCAAUGGGAGCUCAUCCCAUCGCGGGGAUUUGAACCGCCGACCUUCUGAUCGGCAAGUCCUAGGCUCUGUGGUUUAACCCACAGUGCUAACCGCGUAAUUUUUGUUACGGUUCUGUAAAAAUCCAGGGCGAAAUGGGCUGUGUAAUAACACAAUGAAACCAUCUGUCCGCGCUGCCCCCAAUAUAAAGCUGCUCCCCCCCCCUUCCACUUGACGUCAGGUGACCUUCCUAAUAACAGAAGAUCCCUCCAGAACCCGGGUGAAAAGGGAAACACUUUCCCCAGACCGAUUCAACCUCUACAUCAGCCUAGCUCACAGCUCCGGCGGCCAGAUCAUAUUUACGGACAACGAGAACAUCCAGCGGGUGUCGGAAAUCAUCGGUGAAUCCAGCGCAUCUUCGGUAAUGGGGGUGGAGAGGGGGAAAUAGGAGGGAAUGCUUAUUUUUAAGUACAGUGGUACCUCAGGUUACAUACGCUUCAGGUUUCAGACUCCACUAACGCAGAAAUAGUGCUUCAAGUUAAGAACUUGGCUUCAGGAUGAGAACAGAAAUCGUGCUCUGGCGGCGUGGCAGCAGCAGCGGGAGGCCCCAUUAGCUAAAGUGGUGCUUCAGGUUAAGAACAGUUUCAGGUUAAGAACGGACCUCCGGAACGAAUUAAGUACUUAACCCGAGGUACCACUGUACUCGUUUAAACAUUGUAAAAUAAAACCCACUGGCCUAUUCAUUAGGACGCUUUUCGAGUUUAUAAAAAAAUGUUUUUAAUUGGUUUACUUAAACUAGGGGUAGGCAACCUAAGGCCCAGGGGCCGGAUGCGGGCCAAUCGCCUUCUCAAUCUGGCCCACGGAUGGCUUUUACAUGAGUAGAAUGUGUGCUUUUAUUUAAAAUGCAUCUCUGGGUUAUUUGUGGGGCAUAGGAAUUCAUUCAUCCCCCCACCAAAAAAAAAAUAUUGUCUGGCCCACCACAUGGUCUGAGGAAUGGGGACUGGCCCACGGCUGAAAAAGCUUGCUGACUCCUGACUUAAACUGAUCAGCUAAAAGUUGCAACCCUCGGGAAGGAAUAUAGCAAAGAAUCAUAGAGUUGGAAGGGACCACGAGAGUCAUCUAGUCCAACCCCCUGCAAUGCAAGAAUCUUUUGCCCGAUGUGGGGCUCGAACUCACAAACCCCGAGAUUCAGAGUCUCAUGCUCUGCCGACUGAGCUAUCCCAGUCUACGUAGUGCUACACCAAUCAUCAGUGCAAGCCUUUCUGCUUGCCUGAUGGAACAGCCUGCCCUCUCCUCCCUCCCCUCCCCCUCUGUUUGGGGUUUUCCUGACCCAUCUCCCAGCCCUCUAUGGGGGGUGGAAAGAGCAGGGGAAGCCCCACUGUGCUAGCGGAAGUGUUUGUGCAGGCUUCUGCUGGUGGGGCUUUGUUAGCUGAAUCGUGCCCCUGAUUUUGUUGUCGUUUGAGAGAGAUGACCAACCUGAUCCUAUGACAGGCAUAGGCAAACGUGGCCCUCCAGAUGUUUUGGGACUACAACUCCCAUCAUCCCUGACCACUGGUCCUGUUAGCUAGGGAUGAUGGGAGUUGUAGUCCCAAAACAUCUGGAGGGCCACGUUUGCCUAUGCCUGGCCUACGAUGUGAUGGCUUAAACAACAUUUUCAUAAUUAUUUUUAAAAAACCAUUGUGAAAGAUUCUGCCUUCAAGUUGCUGUGCAUUCAGAAAAACACACAUUCUGCUUCAAACCACACGUUUUUUCACAUGUUUCCCCCGUCGCUUCACUCUUUCCAGGUGACCCUCUUCCGCCACCAGAAAGGGAAUAUCUUCAGCCCUAAGGGGUCGCAGCGGAGGAGGAGAAAGGAAGCGGCGCAGGUGGAGGAUCACACCUUCUGGAUUGACAGCUUGGUGGACAAAGUGGUCUUGACCAUUCAGGGGGGCAUUCGGGCCUUUGAGAUGCAGAACCCUGCAGGUAACACGAUCUGUGGCUUUUCAAUGGCACCUGUCUGCUCUCUCAGGGUGGAUUUGAUUAAAAUCAAAUCAAUUUAAAUCAUGGUUUAAAUCACUAGACAGUAAGACUUGAUUUAAAUCAUUUUUUUAACAGACAAACUCAUUUUUGCAGGUAUAAUCUUAAUAUUUACAACCAGAUGAAGGUUUCAAUUUUUGGAAUAAUAAAUUUUCAGAGUAGUUUUUACAGUUAUAUAAAAAAUUACUGAUUAGGUUAUACUAUUGGAAAUGCAUAGACAGAUAAUUAUGAAAUUAUUGUGAGGUUUAAUAAGUUAACUUGGGCAGCUUUUCUGCUGUACUUUAUUGGAAGGAGAAAAAACAAUCAUUUCCUUAAUAAACUUUUAAACAAUUUAUUUAACUAAAACAAUAACAUUGUAGCAUAUGUAUCCGUGUUUGUUAACUGAUGUGGUUAAACAAUUAAAAAAACAAAAACUUAGACUGAGUUUUAGCACACAUGAAAAACUUAAAACAAAUCUUUGUUUCCUGAUGAAUACUUAAAUAGAAAACUAUCUUUAGAAAGAUUUUUCCUCCAAAAGCAUUUUAUUUUAAAAAUCCAAUUUAAAUAAAAACCCCCGAUUGAAAUUUAAAAAAUCUGAUUUUUAAAUUAUUCGUUAGUUUGUUUUUAUCCACCCUGGUUUCCUCUGUGCUUUGGGUUCUACUUGCUUUAUGUUUUAGGUGCUGUGCAGAGGGUAAGAAAUCAGGUUAUGUUAGAGCCAAGCCACACUGCCGUUUAUCCUGUGAUUUCAAGUCACAGCUCCAAGACUUUGCAUUCUUUUGCCAUGCCACUUUCCCCAGGAAAAAAGCCCCUAGUUUACUGCUGAAUCGGAACAAACGGCAAUCAAGUUUUUCUGUGGAUUAAUGUUUGCUCUGAUUCAGCUGUAAACGGUAGAUUUUCCCAGGGGAAAGCAGCGAGACAAAAACAAAAGCCAUGGCUUGAAUGGCAGGGACCUGUGGAUGGGCUCUUAGUCACAGGGGAAUUCCAGGCAGGUAUUUCUGGUGGGAACAGACCUUCUCUUGCAGUGCAAGUUUAUCACAGUGCCCACACUACUUCAUUGGCAUCAGAACACCAGCAUGUAUCAUCCCCUUUCCAUUUAAUCUUGACUUAAUCUCCUGGCAGAAAAUCCGAUAAAUUAGAAAUAACCUGUUGCGAAUGGGCCAUUUGCAAUUACUGAAUUGUUCUGCUGGGACACUGAGGUCCAGUUCUGAGGGAGUGCCAGUUGCAUCGGAUCUAUUAUUGGCCUAGGAAAUAAACAACUAUAAUAAUAAUAAUAUAAUAAUUUAUUAUUUAUACCCCACCCAUCUAGCCGGGCCUCCCCAGCCACUCUGGGCGGCUCCCGGCAGAAUAUUCAAAACACAAUAAAAUAUCAAACAUUAAAAACUUCCCUGAACAGGGCUGCCUUCAGAUGUCUUUUAAAAGUCAGAUAGUUGUUUAUUUCCUUGACAUCUGGUGGGAGGGCAUUCCACAGGGCAGGCACCACUACUGAGAAGGCCCUCUGCCUGCUUCCCUGUAACUUCGCUUCUCACAGUGAGGGAACUGCCAGAAGGCCCUCGGAGCGGGACCUCAGUGUCCAGGCUGAAUGAUGGGGGUGGAGAUGCUCCUUCAGGUAUACUGAGCCGAGGCUGUUUAGGGCUUUAAAGGUCACUACCAACUACCCAUCUGAAGGCAGCCCUGUUUAGGGAAGUUUUUAUCAUGUUUUUCUUAUGUUGGGAACCACCCAGAGUGACGGGAAACCCAACCAGAUGGGUGGGGUAUAAAUGAUGAUGAUGAUGAAUGGACCCAUUUGCAGUUCUAAGCUCCCACCUCGAAGCGUUUAUCCAGUCCAGCCAAUUUUAAGGGAAUAACGUUUAACCCAGAUUAUGUUCCCCUUGUGACCUUCCAUGCAGGUGUAAGACAGGCUUCUUCAUCAGCCAGCGGUCCAUUGGCCAAGAUCCAGUCCAUUGGCAGCAUCUACAGAGCAGUCCUUUCUCCCCCUCUCCAUGCUGGUAAAUGGACGCUGACACUUCAGUCGCAAGGCCACUACUCUGUGCACGUCCAAGGUGAGGAAAGGCUAAACUGAAGUGCUGGGAUAAGUGAGGCCACAAUGCUGAGCUCCAUUUUUCCUCUGCAUGAUCUUGCACACACCUGGAGGCGCUAGGGAGUGCCAGUUGCAUCGGAUCUAUUAUUGGCCUAAAACAGUGGCCAUAUUUUUUGGAUCUUUGAGCAAACGAUUGCCCCGACACGGUGAAACUCUGUUCUCUAGAGCAAAUGAUUUCUAGUGAGGCCCAGAGGGUGGCAACACGAGAGCAGGGCCUUCUCUGCAGUGGCUCCCCGUCUGUGGAAUGCUCUCUCCAGGGAAGUUUAUUUUAUUCUUGUUCUUACUGAAAUUCUGUAUCUAUUUCUCUAUCUCUCUACAUCUAUCUAUCUAUCUAUCUAUCUAUCUAUCAUCUAUCUAUUUCUGUUUUACAAUUUAGAGUAUUAAUUUAAACAACCUUAAAAUAUCAGUGACUUCCCUUCUUCUCUUUCCAUGGUUCAUUUUGCAUAUCAAAAAUCCCUGCAUAUUUUCCAUAAACUAAACCAUUCACUGUUCCAUUAUUACAUCCAUCAAAACUUGUUGACGCCGUUGAAUUUAUCUUAACACUGCCAAAGUUUUCAAGUGUACACAAUUUCCCCCCAUACAUUCAAUAAACAUUUCCCAAUCUUCUUUAAACGUAUGUUCUUCUUGUUCUCUUCUUCUUUAUGUUAGGUCUGCAAGCUGCACAUAUUCCAUCAGUUUAAGUUGCCAUUCUUCUUAAGUUGGGACUUUGCUCGUUUUCCAUUUUUGGGCUAACAAAACACAUAAAUAACCCCCCCUUUUUUUUUACACCUGAGAAUUUCCGUGAAAAAACGCUUGUAUUUGUUGACAGGUCAGAGCACCUUUGACUUCCUGUAUUACUUUGCGGUUCCAAAGGACGGACGCCACCCUGGGCUUUUUAUGAUGGAUAGUUCCCCUGUGCAAGGUAUGUAUGGAAUCUUUCUCCUUCAGUGGCUCGGUGUUAGUUUUUGUACAGCUGUGCGGCAGCAGCAAGGGGGGUGCACUGGGGAGUGACAGUGAUUUUUUUAAAAAAUUAAAAAGUCCUUGUCAUUAUCCAGUCUUAAAAUACCAUAGGAAGUGGACUGGGAAUUAGACACUGAGGAGCAACAAGUGGUCUUCUUCAUGGGGCAAAUUUCCCUAUGGGUCUACUUCCACCCAGCUGUAAGAAACAUCAAUAAAAUCUGCACAAAAUGUGUACUUCAUGCCACUGAGAGUAUCAUAUAUUCAGAAAAAACAAGUUCACCAGUGUGUUGGAAAGAAUGAACCAUUAAGGGAUCAUUUAAAUGUAUGUGGUGGGCCUGUGGGAAAAGUGACCCAAUUUAAGCAAUCAAAUUUUUCAUGAUUUUAGAAAGGAAUUUUUAAAAAUUUUAAAAACCCCAAUACUGAGUUUAUUCAUGGGAGAACACCAAGAUAUAAUAUGGAAACCAUUUGUGGGAUGUGUAUUUUUAGAAGACGGAGUUUUUAUAGCUCAAACCUAGACAUUUAAAAGAUUUCACCUGUCUUUUAAAAAAUUGAUUGGCAAAACGCAAAACAUUUGUCUUUUCAUAAUUUUUUGUUUAGCUUUUCAUCUGUGCUCUCCGUAGAAUUUCAAUUUAAUAUGUUCUGCUUUUUCAUAAUGUUGGUUUUUGGAAAAUACUUCCCCCCACCCCCAAGCCUUUGUCUCUAUUAACUGUCCGAUAUUCUUUGGCAGUCAGAUACAAAACAAUCCCUCUGUUGGUUCCAUUCCACACCUUGGCCUCACCUGUUUCCUCAGACAUUAUUGCUUGCUGCCAAUUUCUAGCCUAAUCGCAGGCUUGGAUACUUCCAGUUGCCAUGCUAAUAAGCAGGCACACUUAGCAUCUUUGGGAUUGGAUGAAAACAAAAAAUACAAGAAUAGCUCUGCUGGAUUUGACCAGUGGCCCAUCGAGGCAGGCAUCCUGUUCUCACCUUGUCCCGUCAAGAUGCCCCCAAGGGGAAGUCCAGUCAAAGGAAACUAUGGGGUUGGAGCACACAUCUUGCUUUCAAGCUGAGGGAGCCGGCGUUUUUCCGCAGACAGCUUUCCAGGUCAUGUGGCCAGCAUGACAAAACCACUUCUGGCACAACGGGACACCCUGACAGAAACCAGAGCGCACAAAAAUGCCGUUUACCUUCCCGCCACAGUUGUACCUAUUUAUCUACUUGCACUGGUGUGCUUUCAAACUGCCAGGUUGGCAGGAGCUGGGAGAGAGCAAUGGGAGCUCACUCUGUUGUGGGGAUUCAAACUGCCGACCUUCUGAUCGUCAUGCCCAAGAGGCUCAUUGGUUUAGACCGCAGCGCCACCCGCGUCCCUACUCUUCCGUCCUGUACUCUCCCAGCAACAGGCGUGGUCCAAUGAGCUUUUGCCUUUCAUUUCUUUUUCUUUUUAAUUUUUUUUAUUCAUUUUUCUUUUUCAUUCAUUACAUACAUCUCAAAAUUCUUAACAUUUACUAUAUAUUCCUCUCUCCCUCCCCUCCAGGGCUUCCCCCAACUUCCGCUUCUGGUUUGUUUCUCUUUUCACCCACUUUGCUAUCUCCUAACAGAAAAAGUUAUUAAUAACAUAACAUCAAGCCUAAAAACAUAAAAAUAAAUGUAAAUACACACCGUAAUAUUUCACUAUUUUCUAAUACUAAUAAUGUGAAUGUUUAUUUCAAUCCUGCCAUCAAGUCUAUUGACUUUCUUUGUUUCUGCAAAUAUAAUAUACAGUGGUACCUUGGGUUACAUACGCUUCAGGUUACAUACACUUCAGGUUGCAGACUCCGCUAACCCAGAAAUAGUGCUUCAGGUUAAGAACUGUGCUUCAGGAUGAGAACAGAAAUCGUGCUCUGGCGGCACGGUGGCAGCAGGAGGCCCCAUGAGCUAAAGUGAUACCUCAGGUUAAGAACAGUUUCAGGUUAAGAACGGACCUCUGGAACGAAUUAAGCACUUAACCUGAGGUACCACUGUUAAUGGUUCCCAUUCUUUUUCAAAGUCGCUGUUGUCUUUUUCUCUUAAUCUAUCUGUCGUUUUUGCCAGUUCUGCAUUGAGCUUUUUGCCUUUCCUUUCAACAGGCCUGCCCACUUACCUGGUCGUUAUGGCGACUGGUUUGAAGCGGUCCCCUGAAGCCAGCUCGGUUCAGCUGAAAGCUGUGAACCUGGAGGAGAGGGGAGGCAGCCUCAAGGAGCUGAAACUGGAAGGAGGAGCCAACCGGACGGACCUGCUCGUGGCCAAGCUGCCUCCCACCCUGAUGACCGACAGCAGCUUCUCUGUAGUGCUGCGUGCUCAGGAUGGAGACGGCCGGAAGGUGGAGAGGGCUGCCCCUCAGGCGACCACAGUUGAGGCAUCCCUGCUGGAGGUAAGGCAGGGAAGCAAAGAAGAGAACCAUACGUCUCGACUUGGGGAAGCUGCUGUGGUGGAGGAAGGGGGUGUGUGGUGAGUGUGGGAUGCCCCAGGUGUCAUCACUGAGGGGGUAGACAAAAAUAUGAGGGUUUUUUUUUAUUAAAAAAAUGGACUCACAAAACUUUUUAGUACAGUUUAAUUGAACUACCUGCAGUUUAAAUAAACAUAGAAUCAUAGAAUUGUAAGAGUUGGGAGGGACUAGUCAUCUAGUCAUCUAGUCCGACUCCCUGUAAAGCAGAAACUGCAAUUGUAUGCCAAGAAACAGGGAAUUAUGUUCACAUGUGGGGGUGUGUAAAUAUGUGCAAUUUUUCUGGCAAAGGGUGUUUAAGGAGAUAACAGAAAUCGCUGGGUUAAAGCUGACCAAAAGCCCAGAGGUAGCAUUAUUUUCAAUUUUCGAUGGGGUGGAAGGUUUGCAGGCUAUGAAGGACUUGCUCACAAGUUUGACAGCUGCAUGCAUUUUUAUAGCCAGGAAGUGGAAGGGGCAAGCGGAAUAUAAAAUGGAAGAAUGGUAUAAAGAGGUGUGGGAUAUAGCUAUUAAUGAUAAAUUAAUAAGUGCCAUUAAGGUAAGAUUGCGGAAUAUGCAGAAGAAAUGAUUUUGAGGAGAAUUUGUACUGUUAAAAUGGAAAGGGGUCAAACCACUGCAAGAGGUGUUGAAAUUUUGGGAGGUUGGAUAGUUACAAUGGAAUGGUCUCAGUGGUGGGGUGCACAUGUUUAUUCUUAUUUAUUUAUGAUUAUUAAUUUGUCACACAAAAAAGAAUAAUAAGAAGAAAGAGGCUGCCACUGGCCCAGUCCUGUGGGAGAUUCAGCAGGUGCCUUCUGUACCAGAUGUUAAAUGCCUGCUGGAAGAAAAAUGCCAUUCUGCCAGGCCUGUGCAGGCAAUUAGAAAAAUACUUUUCUGCCAAGGGUUAAUUGUAACCUGCUCUUAACAUUUUGCUGUUUUUUAUUGUAAGGUUUUAUGGCUGUAAACUGCUUUUUUUAAUGACAUUUUAAAAAAUAAAUCAAGGGGCACACCGUCAUGCUUUUUUGGUCUGUGCAAGUAAAGCUAAAGGGACCCCUGACCAUUAGGUCCAGUCGUGACCGACUCUGGUGUUGCGGUGCUCAUCUCGCUUUAUUGGCCGAGGGAGCCGGCGUACAGCUUCCAGGUCAUGUGACCAGCAUGACUAAGCCGCUUCUGGAGAACCAGAGCAGCGCACGGAAACGCCGUUUACCUUCCCGCCGGAGCAGUACCUAUUUAUCUACUUGCACUUUGAUGUGCUUUCGAACUGCUAGGUUGGCAGGGACCGAGCAACGGGACCUCACCCCGUCACGGGGAUUCGAACCGCCGACCUUCUGAUUGGCAAGUCCUAGGCUCUGUGGUUUAACCCACAGUGCCACCCGCAUCUGUGCAAACCUAACUGCAAAUAUGCGCCUGAGCAUUUGCGCAUGCCUUCCUUUAGGGAGCUCUAACCUACACCCUGCUUUGUUCCAGCUGAGCACAGACGCUCCGGUGUUCCCAGGGAGACCUGUUACCAUUGCCUGGAAGGUGACAAAUCCCGGCUCACCCAAGCAGUAUGAUCUGAGGGUAAGCAGCGUUCCUGGGUUCCCGGUCAACAUCUCCAGCUCCAGGUAAUUCUGAUGAAUGAGCAACCAUGGAAGACACCAGUUCCUAGCAUUGUAACUGGGUGUGUUCUAGUCAUUUAUGCCCUGCCCCACAUUCCAAAGGCAGGGCUUGUGCGCAUUCCACUAUUGCACUGCGCAGAAUGCAACUUCCUAAAAACUCAAUUUCCGUUCCAAAAUAAGAAAUGUUUUGAGAUCCUAAGGCUGCGAACUUUCUUGGAGCCUGUGCACGUGAGAAUGUUUUUAAAAGCUGGGUGAUGUGGGUUUAGGCCUCUGUGCGGGUCUUUGUCCCCUACCUCCUCAUGUUUAGAGGGGAAAGAAAUUAGGGGUGUUGCGUCUCUGAUUAGCGGUGGAGGCAGUUUUGUUGCUGGUCAUACCAUAUUGUAUUGAUCUUACCCAGGGGUCAGCAAACUUUUUCAGCAGGGGGCCGGUCCACUGUCCCUAGACCUUGUGGGGGGGCUGGACUAUAUAUUUUUUGGGGUGGGGGGGAAUGAAUGAAUUCCUAUGCCCCACAAAUAAUCCAUAGAUGUAUUUUAAAUAAAAGCACACAUUCUACUCAUGUAAAAACAUGCUGAUUACCGGACCGUCCAUGGGCCAGAUUUAGAAGGCGAUUGGGCCAGAUCUGGCCCUCAGGCCUUAGUUUGCCUACCCAUGUUCUUACCUUGCAAACUCCUGGUUUUAUAUGAAAUACAGUCUAUACAUGUUUUAAACAGCUAGAUAAAAUACUGAAGCUGCUUGAUAAUGUUUAGGUCACCCAUCCAUUUCUUAAAUAUUAACUUCUGUCGGACUUGCGUUCAACCGAACUAUUCCUCCUGUCGAGUCUUCCAACGUGAUUAAUGACCUGAGCGUUUGAUGAAGCUCCAGGCACGUUCCCCCAUUACGCAGAGUAUACAGCAGCAGGGAAGGAUGAGAAAUAUGAGCUACAUUGCGAAGAGUUUUAUUUCUAACUACGCAGACAGAAAAGAAAAUACAUCCUCUCUCUGUGAGAGCAGAGAGGCAACCGAAACAGAGGAACAGGAAACCAGUAAUAUAAACAUCCGUCUCCCGUGAGACUUCCAACAGUCUAGAAUCCCUGGAAUGUAAACAGAGUCUUGUGACUCCAAGCACUGCACCAGUGGCACAAACAGAAACCUAACAACUUCCACUCCCCUUUUCUGCAGGCUACAAUUGGACUUUAACCAAACAGCAACUGGACUCAUUACCUUGAAUGUACCUGAUGCCGCUGAUCCUGGCUCUGUGAUCACCCUGACGCUGCAGGCCAGCCUCCUUCACCCAUCUGGGGAUCCUAGCUUUGCCCAUCUACAGCUGCUUGUGAUGCCUCUACCUCUGGUGAGUCUUGUGGGAGAAGAAAACUGGGGAGCAGGGUGCCCAUGGGAGAAUUCUUGGAGUUAUUCUUUGUUUAUAUAUUGGGAUGGGGAACCUGUGGGGGGGGGUGUUCCCCGAUGCUGGACUCGAAAUCCCAUCAGCCCCGGUCAGCAUGGCCAGUGGAUGGUGGGAAUUGUAGUCCGACAGAUAUCUGCACAGGUCCCAUACGCAUGGUUUGCUUCAAAACCAUCAGAAGGACGCAGGCUUGUCAAACAGAGCAAGGAAGUACUCAUGGGUCAUAGCGUUACAAGUUUGGGGAGGACAGUCGCUUCCAAACCCAUGAUCCUGUGUAUGCGAUAGAAUCUUUAAGAGACAACCAAUCAGACCGCUCUCUUUGUCAAAAAUAGAUUUUUAAUAAUAAUAAUAAUAAUAAUAAACACAAAAAAGAAAACAAGCUAGCUCCAUCUUCCAUGUGGCAGCCUUUAAGAUAUUUGAAGAUGGCUAUCCAGUCUCCUCUUAGCUCAGCUAAACAUAUUCAGCUGCCUCAACUGUUCCUCAUCAGGCUUGGUUACCAGACCCUAUAUCCGACCACCUCGUUUCUGGAUAUCCUGUAACAGGAAGCUCCUCUUCGCCCGCAGGUGCAGAACCCAGUCUCCUCCCCAGUCUGCAACGUCACUUCUGUCGGCGGGUUCUGUGGCCCACCACGGACCCCUUGCCACGACCAGCGUUGGACGGCCACCUUGCGGAUCUGGGACAAAGCUGGCGUCCGCUCGGUGCAUGUGGAAGGGGGCGCCGUGGUCGCUCACCACGCUGACGGGCUGGCAGAGUCCGUCGCUUACACCUCGGACUGUUGCUCGCAGCAAGCCAGGCUGGUGGUCACCAACCUUCUUGGGCAGAAGUAUCGGUGCCAAGUUGCGUCGGCGCCCCCUGCUCUUACUGUGAAGCCAAGAGCGUCCCCUCCUGAGGUCCUUAGGAAGCCUGUGGCGGCAGCAGGGACUGCUGUGUCCUGGGGGUGGGUAUUAAUGGUGUCCAUGGCAACCGGAUGGAUGAUGUGUGUCACAUAG